ACUGAUAAGUACUGUGGCUUCUGCAGGCGACCCGGCGAGCCUCCCCUGGACCUGGGCAGUAUCCCCUGGUUGGGCCAUGCCUUGGAGUUUGGGAAAGAUGCUGCCAGCUUCCUCACUAGGAUGAAGAAGAAGCACGGUGAUAUCUUUACUGUGCUGGUGGGGGGCAGGUAUGUCACCGUCCUCCUGGACCCCCACUCCUACGACGUGGUGGUGUGGGAGCCUCGCGCCAAGCUGGACUUCCACGCCUAUGCCGUCUUCCUCAUGGAGAGGAUUUUUGACGUGCAGCUCCCACAUUACAGUCCCAGUGAGGAAAAGGCCAAGAUGAAACCGACCCUCCUCCACAGGGACCUCCAGGCACUCAUGGACGCCAUGUAUACCAACCUCCGCACUGUCCUGCUGGGCGACACCACAGGAGCGGCCAGUGGCUGGCAGGAGAUGGGUCUCCUCGAUUUCUCCUACAGCUGCCUGCUCAGAGCCGGCUACCUAACUCUGUACGGAGUCGAAGCUCUGCCACGUACCCAUGAGAGCCAGGCCCAGGACCGCACCCACUCAGCUGAUGUCUUCCACACCUUCCGCCAGCUCGACCUGCUGCUCCCCAAACUGGCGCGUGGCUCCCUGUCAGUGGGCGAUAAGGACCACGCGUGCCGAGUCAAAGGUCGCCUGUGGAAGCUGUUGUCCCCGGCCAGGCUGGCCGCACGGGCCCAACGGAGCAGCUGGCUGGAGAGCUACCUGCUGCACCUGCAGGAGACGGGCGUGUCGGAGGACAUGCAGGCCCGGGCCAUGGUGCUGCAGCUCUGGGCCACGCAGGGGAAUAUGGGUCCUGCUGCCUUCUGGCUUCUGCUCUUCCUCCUCAAGAACCCCGAGGCCCUGGCGGCUGUCCGUGGAGAGCUCGAGCAGCUCCUCUCCAGAGCAGAGCAGCCCAUUUCGCAGAUGACCACCCUCCCCCAGAAGGUUUUGGACAGCAUGCCUGUGCUCGAUAGUGUGCUGAGUGAAAGCCUCAGGCUCACUGCUGCGCCCUUCAUUACCCGGGAGGCUGUGGUGGACCUGGCCCUGCCCAUGGCAGACGGGCGGGAAUUCAGCCUGCGACGUGGAGACCGCCUCCUCCUCUUUCCCUUCCUGAGUCCCCAGAGAGACCCGGAAAUCUACACAGACCCAGAGGUAUUUAAAUAUAACCGAUUCCUGAACUCGGAUGGGUCAGAGAAGAAAGACUUCUACAAGGACGGGAAGCGACUGAAAAAUUACAGCAUGCCGUGGGGAGCUGGCCACAACCAGUGCCUGGGGAAGGCGUACGCCAUUAGCAGCAUCAAACAAUUCGUGUUCCUUGUGCUGGUGCACUUUGACCUGGAGCUGGUCAACCCAGACGUGGAGAUCCCCGAGUUCGACCUCAGCAGGUACGGCUUCGGGCUGAUGCAGCCGGAACACGACGUGCCCAUCCGUUACAGCGCCCGGCCGUGAGCUCCGGGAGCGGACGGGGCUCCUCACAUGUGCCUCCACCCAGCCGGCCCCCCAGCGCCCCACUUCCUGUGUCUACGUCUGCCCUGGGCGCAGGAGCUUUGAACACCCAAUGGGGCCAGCAUGACCGCUUUCCUGAUUUUUUUCCUAGAAGGCUGUGUCCAGGGAAGGGAACGAAGGCAAGCUGAGAAGAGGGGGAUGGAAAAGGACUCCAAAAGCUCUAUGAAUUGUCUCCUGCUAUGGCUGAGUCCCAAAAUGAGUCUUUGCUCCCAGCUCACCCUGCUCACCCCCUCCCCCACCUUAUGAUUUCCACAAAAACUGGGGCAGGCAGGGCAGAAGCAGGAGUCCUUACUGCUCCGCUGUGCCCCAGCUCUCUGAGGGGCCAAUUCCUUGGCAAUGCUGUGGUCCACGCCUUAGUCAGUCAAAGCAGAUGCUGGCCAUAAAAGGGCCAAUCAGGGCCUUGCAGUGUAUCUAUUGAAUUAAGCUGUGUCCCCAAAUUAUUAAACUAGCCAACACUAAAGGAGUCCUUUAGAAUCUCUCUUCCCUAGGUGCCCUGUUUGCUAGACACUUCCCUCAUCUCUCCAUUCACAUGGAUGCAUGAGAAAAUUCAGGAAGGUUUUUCCAAAGGCUGAUGCAUUCACGGUGCAGAUCAUGAGCUCCCUCUCUGGGCUCUUGAGGAGUAGAGUUCUCUGUUCUAGACAUAUGGGCUCCAGAUGGGAGAGCUUUCCCAGCGUCAAGACUCAUGUUAGGGAAUAAGAAAGUCCCAACAGGAUGGUCCCAACGGAAGAAACCAGCCAGGGCUCCUUGGAACGGUCAAGCCAAAAACAGGGCUGUCUGCAUUCUAGCUUGGAAACUCCAGCUGUGGUUUGAUGCAUUGGCAGACCUGUUUUGUUUGGCCUAUGCUUAUGAAAAAAUACAUUAGUUGUUACCAUGUCAUCUGUGGGAGAGUCCAUGAAAAAUGUCCAGCUUCUCUUGAAAACUUGGAAGAUUUGGCCACACUGGGCCCAUAUUCCCAAGGACAACUGUUAGCCAGAGUGGAGCAGCAAACCCACGCCCUUAUCCAGGGCGUGUGCAUUCUGGCUCACUAGGGUUUCCACUUGGUGGAAAUAUUUUUUUCUGCUCUCCAUUUACUGUCCCUCCAGGCCCUUGAAGGCAUUGCAGUUCGAGAACCCUGUUCUAACUCUUAGAAGUGAUAUUGUAGGAGGUGGUAGGAACCUACUAAUUGGUCCUCGGAUCAGUAGUCUGCUCUAUCCUGGAUGCACCAACCCUUUGAACAAACAGAUCAAGGAUGAAAACUUGCCUUUGCAUCUGAUUUAGAAUAAAACAGGUCAAAGAGAAAAACUGCCUCUAAACCUUUAUUAUGUUAAGUAUUAUAAACAUUAGGUCCUGUUUACUGAGGGCCCUUUAAGUGGCUGUGACAGGCACUGUGGAUGCAGCAUUUGUAGUGCUCACAGCAUCUCUGUGAGGAGAGGAUGGUUAUGCCUUUUUUAGAGAUGAGGAAAUGGGCUCAGAGAGGUGAUGUGACUUGGUAGUCUUUGGCAGAAUUAUUGUCCCAGUAGCACAUGGUAGAUGGGCAGCUCUGCAUUCCUUGGGCUCAAGGCGGGUGGUGGAGGGCCAGUUCUGUUUUGCAUCGGAGAGCUGACAGAGCCAGAGGCACCCAUGGCUGGCUGCAUCUCACGAGACACAGACAUACAUAUGCACACAGAGCUCGGUCGGUCCCCGUAGCUUUAGCUGGAGGGAGGAGAGGAGAUCUCCGAACGUUCCAGGGGCUAGUCUCUGCUCGGAGCAAUGCCAGGUCUUGGGGGCUUCCCUGGCCCUCAGCCUCCAGGCACCCCCAGGAUUCCCAGACAGACAUUGUGAUUGGCAGGAGGCAGGAUAUCCCCAGGGAAACCCAUCUUCACGCCUGGGUGACCCCCGCUGCCGCCUGCUUCUUAACUCUGCGGGAAAUCAGGGUUGGCAGCCUUCUGUGGGAGGACGGAGCCAGUUUCCAUGGCAACCGUAGCUGCCUCCUCCUGGCUUGGAAGGGAAGAAAGAAGGCUGGCAGAAAUAGACGCAGGAAGAUCUCUUCCUGCGGGACUGUACCCCCGGUGCGUUAGGGAAGAGCCCUUAUGACUUCCCUCCCCCCACACUCCAAAUCAGGGCUGCCCUGUCACUGGGACUAGAUUCUCACCCAUGUUCCCAAAAAGGCCAAUUCCUUUUAAAGGUGGCACCUCCUUGGAGCCACAGACAUUAGGAAGAGACGGUUCUCCCACCAGGCAGCCCCAGCUGGUACCACAGAUAUUGAAGUAGAGCUUGGGGGAUGAUGCUUUAAACCCUCCCCUGUUUUAAUCUUUAUUGUUUUCCUUCCCCCACCCUUUUCUUCUUUAAAAAAAUAAUAAAUGUAUAGAGUAAAGAGGGAAAGACGAGUGUGUUAGCUCCUUGCUGCAGGUUAGUUAGGAAGGUACCUGGACAUCGCUGUAUUUCUUCAUACUUUGCUUUAGAACCACAAAAUUGCAGGACCCGUGCCAAAUGUUCUUAGGUCGGCCUAAUGAAGUGUUUCCUUCCCAUCGGCCUUUUUAUUAUUUUGUUUGUGCUCUAUUUUGUAUUGUUGUUUACCAGAUAGUUUCCUUUAAAACAGACUCAUUGUUUAAACUUUAAAUUUGCUUUAAAGGGGAACUUUAUUCCACCGCUGUCAGUAAGGGACAACAUGUAUCACUCGCUGCCGAAAAUAGAAAGUGGCUGUGAAAAAUACAUUUGCGCGGGGGGGGCCUCCGGGCCCCUGUCGCCAAGGCUCAGAGCCUGAGCUCAGUCUCUUCUCUGUUACAAAAUGAGACAAGCAAGCGUUGCAGGGGCGUUACAGCCGGCCGGCACCAGCCCGAGACUUCCUCCUUGACCGUCCCGGGCAGGAAGAGGAGUAGAUGGCUCACCGCCUGUCGGAGCUCCGCCCAUUCUCCUGCCGGAGCUCCGCCCAUUCUGCCGCCAGCCGGCCCCGCCCACAGUGAACUGGAGACCCGCCCUGGAUGGAGAAACAGGCUCUGGGAGUUGAAGUGUCUUGCUGAAGUCUUUGGUGUUUGCGUGUGUGUUUGUGUGUUUUAAUAAACACAGUGUUUGGGGAGUAGCAGUGACUAUUAUGCCUUGCUGUUUUAAUAAAGAAUUUUAUUUUCAUAUAAUAUUGUUGAGCGGAAAUGUGCCGAAAUAUAUUAAACCACCCUUGUUGACGAA